AUGCUUCCUCUGACCGAACAUGCCUUUCGAUCCAAAAUCAAGGACAUCGUUGUUCCGUUUGAGGUGUGGCUGAAGAGAUUUGUGCAGUUUCUAGCGUCCCACUCUGCCUAUCCCACUCGCGACCACCCCACAAAAAGUGCUACCCGCCCCGACUUCAAGUCGGCUCGGAUAUACUUGCGAUUGGUGCGCAAGUCCAUGGAAGUCCUCUCCCCUGUGCAUGCGGAUGUGUGUUUCCGUGUCCUCUUUGGCAUGCUUCCUGUAAAUUCUCGUUUCGUGUUUCGCCAGGCUACAGACGCCAGCGCCAUGAUGUGUGCGCAUGGCUGCCUCGAAGCUGAGUCUCAACUCCACGCACUUUUUGCUUGCCCUCGAUUGGCCCCCCUGUGGCAAGCCCACCAGUCAGCAUGGCGGCCUACUGGAGUCCGAUUUUCCUGGCACAACAUUUUGAACGUGGACGACUUUUAUUGUCACGUCAACCACGGCCAUCUCAAACCAGCACUGUUUCAGUUAUGGGUCAUGGGCCACGCGCUACCACCCCUCCCGGCCCUCAUUGACCUGUCCUUUGUCACUUGGACUGCCACAGUACGGUCGUGGCUCCGUCGUUUACCCCCUGACGAUAUCACUCGACCUGCUCUGAUGGCUGAGCUAGACUUGUUACUUCGGCAGUCUCAGUACUCGCAAUUGAGUCGAAAAUACCCCCGGUGGCUCGAGCUUGCACCGACGUUCGAUAUUCAUUAG